AGAGCCCGGAGCCUCAUCAUUCCGGACGCUCCCGCGUUCUCUGAGCGCCGGUCUGGUCUCCCCCAGCUAGACUGUGAGCGCCCCCCUGGCAGGGGCCUGGACUCCCCCUUCCUCGGCAUUCGGCCGACGUUUAUGUGCUAUGUGCCCAGCCCGGUGCUAGCUUCCGUGGGAGACACAGAUGAUAAACUUGAAGAGCCUGAAGAGGCAAAUCCAUUCUCUUUUAAAGAGUUUCUGAAAACCAAAAAUCUUGGUCUGUCCAAAGAGGAUGCACCCAACAGUCGGGUUUACUCAAAGGAGACCCCGAGGCACGCCCUGGGGCUUGAACACAGCUCCCCGAGUCCCCAGGCCACGGGCUAUGGCCUGGAAUACCCACAGCAGUUCUUUGAAGACCCGACUGGGGCUGGCGAUCUCCUGGAAGAGGACGAGGACAGCUGGGCCGGGGCCUACCUGCCAUCGGCAGUGGAGCAGACCCACCCGCUGAGGGCUGCCACCGCCAUGUCUCCCUGCAGCACUUACGUGUCCUUCUUCUCCAGCCCUUCAGAGCUUGUGGGCCCCGAGUCUCUGCCCCCGUGGAGUCUGAGUGACCCCGACUCCCGAGCAUCCCCCGCCUCCCCCACGAAUAGUCCAAACCCCGAUUUUGCAGCCCGUGGGGAGACCCUGGGAGACCGGCAGCUGCGGACACUGCAGAUAAGUUACGAAGCACUGAAAGAGGAAAACUCUAAGCUAAGAAGAAAGCUGAAUGAGGUUCAGAGCUUCUCUGAAACUCAAACAGAAAUGGUGCGUACACUUGAACGGAAGCUGGAAGCGAAGAUGGUCAAGGAGGAGCGAGACUACAGGGACCUGGAGUCUGUGGUCCAGCAGGUGGAGCAGAACCUGGAGCUGAUGACUAAACGAGCCGUGAAGGCAGAAACCCACGUCCUGAAGUUGAAGCAGGAAGUCAGUUUGCUCCAGACACAGGUCUGUAACUUCAAGCAGGAGAAUGAAGCUCUGCGGUGUGGCCAGGGCGCUAGCCUAACCACAGUGAGGCAGAACACCGAUGUGGCCCUGCAGAACCUCCGCCUUGUCAUGAGCAACGCCCGGGCGUCCAUCAAGCAGCUGGUGUCUGGAGCGGAAACACUGAAUCUUGUCGCCGAAAUCCUUAAAUCUAUAGACAGGAUUUCCGAGAUUAAAGAGGACCAGGAGGACGAGUCCUGA